UAAAAAUCUUGCAACUACAUUCCAUUUCUGCCUGAAACGUGCAGAACCCAUUAAAGAAUGGAUCAUCUUCUUUUUUCUAUCACUCAUUAAUUGGUUCUUUGAAAAAAAACAAAUUUUUUUGUGGUGUCAGGUUUCAUUUAUUUCUCUUGUUUGCUUUAUAGCACUUGUUUUAAAAUGACCCAAUUAAGAUUGGGUCCUUGGGGGUAGGAGGAGUAUGUUGAUGAAGAAUGUGAGAGAGCUUUGAAUGUUGGGUUGGGUUUCAAAGAAAGUGGAGAAUAAUGACUAGUUUAAUUGUAGAUGAAGGUGGGAAACAAACUGCUGCUGUUGGGAGACAAAAUGGAGAUUCUGUGGCACAUACACAUACUUAUGCUCAACAUAGGCGUUCUAGGAGUGCUUCUGACAGGAAUUUGACUGUUAGACCAGAGAGUAAUCUGCAUUCUCUGCAGCAAGACAUUAAAGAAUCACCUUGGAAUCAACAGGAAUUACCCCCUUUAACGCGGAGUUGCAGGGCAAGUCCACUUCAGGCGCAUUCGGUUAGAGUGAACAAAGAUGCUGUUUCAAAUCAUAGAGCAUCCCUGGAAAAAGAUAUUGAGCAAUUACAAUUCCGUUUGCAGCAAGAGAGAUCUAUGCGUAUGGUACUUGAGAAAGCAAUGGGUCGAGCUUCCAGCACAUUAUCUCCUGGACAUCGUCAUUUUGCUGCUCAAACAAAGGAGUUGUUGGCAGACAUUGAGUUACUUGAAGAGGAGGUUGCAAAUCGUGAGCAGCAUGUUCUCUCUCUCUACAGGAGCAUCUUUGAGCAAUGCAUUAGUAGGUCAUCCUCUGAGCAGAGCUCAGUCAUGACUUCUCCUGCACAUGCAAAGAAUGAGACAAGAAAGCACCCAAGUAUUAUCUCAAGCGCUUUUUGUUCUUCAAAGUUCCCUUUACGGACUUUCCAAACCCUUGCUUCAAUAAAUGACUCGGGAAAAAGGGACCUGCUGCAGUAUAAGACUAGACAUGCUUCACUGUUUAGUGGUAAAGCCAACAUCCACUUUGAGAAGAGUUGUACAGAAAAUGCGAAGUCCUCUCUACUAGUAUUGGGUGUGAAGCAUAAAGUACUACGCGUUCCUGUUCACAAGGUUCAGGAACAGUCACAAGCAAUGAGGAGAACCUCUGUGAUGCGAACUCUGAAAGAUCAUCUCAACCAGUGUCCAAGUAAGUUGGCAGAGGAAAUGGUCAGGUGUAUGGCUGCAGUCUACUGCUGGCUUCGAAGCACAGCAUCUGUAGAUUUGGAGCAAAAUAGAUCGCCUUUGUUAUCGAGGUCUUCCACUAGUGUUGUACUUCCCAGGCGGGGCUCUGGGGAUCCGAGAGACUGGCCUGGCAAAUGCACACUCGAAAUAUCUAGUUUAUCAACUGACAAGAAUAACUUUUCCCAUGCAUCUUAUGCCAUCAACAAUUACAGACUUCUAGUGGAACAGCUGGAAAGGGUGAGCAUCAAUCAGAUGGAGAGUGAUGUCCAGACAGCCUUUUGGAUAAAUAUAUAUAAUUCCUUGAUUAUGCAUGCAUAUCUGGCAUAUGGAGUACCCCACAGCUCUCUCAGAAGGUUAGCUUUGUUUCACAAGGCUGCUUAUAAUGUUGGUGGCCAUGCUGUAAGUGCAGAUGCAAUUGAGCAGUCCAUAUUUUGCUUCCGUGCGCCUCGAACAGGAAAGUGGCUAGAGACUCUUCUUUCAACCGCUAUAAGGAAAAGAGCUGCAGAAGAAAGACAUCAUAUCAGUUCAAAAUUUGGUCUCCGAGAUUCUGAACCUCUUGUUUGCUUUGCCCUUUGCACAGGAGCCUUUUCUGAUCCCAUGCUGAGAGUCUUUACAGCAGCAAACAUUAGAGAUGAAUUGGAAUCCGCCAAAAGGGAGUUCCUUCAAGCUAAUACUGUUGUGAAGAAGUCGAAGAAAGUGUUUUUACCAAAAGUGCUUGAAAGAUACACGAAAGAAGCAUCUAUUCCGGCAGAUGAUCUUCUGAAGUGGAUUGCUGAAAAUGUAGACAAGAAGCUUAACGAUUCAAUAAAGAAAUGUGUUGAGCGUACAAAUACCAAAAAAGCUUCUCAGAUUAUUGAAUGGUUGCCGUACAAUUCAAGGUUCCGAUACGUGUUUGCGAAGGAUCUAACAGAGAAGCCGUGGUUGGUAUAGAAGUCUAAGCGAAGACUUGGGGAGUCGAUAUCAAAUUAAAAUUGGAUGUUCAUUCUUUGCAAUGUAGUCCUGAGCUUUUCCAUUGUUAAUUAGUUGUCUGAUCUUACUAAAAGAUUUGAUAUGUAUCAAACUGAUGUAUAUUAGCAUGUACAUACUUGUAUUAGGUUAAGAAUGUGCGAUCGUAAUGGAAGAUUCUCCUUGAAAUUUCCCAGCUGCUCUCA